UUUCCUAUUAUUUUCUACAUUCAGAUGUUAUUAAUGUGCAUAGGCUUAUGUUUUUUUCAUGAUGUGAUACCUGAUUGAUCAUUUGGAGUAAUAAAUUGAGUAAAGUGGAAUCUACUGUAUGAACUGCAUGAUGAUAAAUGAUCUGGGAAAUCAAAAUACUGUGGAUGUUACAACUGGUUCAGGCAGUCCUUUUGUGAUCAAAGUGAAGAAAAAUGCCAAUGAAUGGCGUAUUGAAUCUGAUGUAGAAGAUUCUCAGCCACACAAAACAGAUGGUGCUGCUGCUGUCAUAAAGCAGGAAGUUGAAGAUAUUGAUUUUACCUUACUGCCACCUACGAAAGUGGAAUGUACAGCUGAGACACCUACUGCAGAUGCAAUUUAUCCUAAAAUAUCACAGAAAAGUCAAAUUGGUGAGGGAAUAAAUGAUACAGAGGAUGCUAAAACAGGCACAGAUACCGGGCAAAGUAUAUCAAAACAAGCACACCAAAAUAGGCCUACAACAAUUUCUAGACGAUACGACUGUAACUUAUGUCGUUACAAUACAACACAUUUGCUGGGAUUUUUGAACCAUGUUAUGAAAUAUCACUACGCUUCAAAAACUACCAAAACUGGUGCGAAGAGAUGCCAUUCUUCAGAGACAGAACAACCUGAUAAUUCCUUCCUUAAAGCUGAGCAAAAUGAUCUAUCCGCAGAUCUUUUCAAUCCACCCAGCCAGAAGCUGAGAAAAAAUGUUUUGCUGCCAUCAGCAUUCGAUGCCCCAGAAAAUACCACUGCAAUAAAUAACAUGGAUUUAUCAGUAGGUGUUCAAACAUCUUCUGAUCAAACUGAAAACAAUUAUGCUGAAAUGCCUGUUAUGCUGGAAUAUCAUUCAAAACAUGUACCUGCCACCAACAAUUCUGCACAAGAACUAGUUGCACCUAUAUCCCAAAUUACUGCAGCAACAAAUAACAUUGAUUCCCAAAAUCCUGCAAGUGGAAAUACUGAGGAAGAACAGGAUUCACAAAUCUCUAACGUUGAUCCAUUUGCACCGCUACCUGCUUCUCCAAAACUGAACACUGUUGUCAAUCAAACAUUUGAUGAUUCCGUACUCAAUGAAAGUAAUUCUAAUAAUAAGACUUCAAGUUUGAGUAUCUGUAGCAGCGCCAGUGCUAGUUCCAAAAUGAACAAAGAUUCUCGUGGUGCUAAACUCAACAGUAUUGUGAACAAUUUGAAGGAAUUUGUUUCAAACACUUUUCCACCAUUUAUUGGCCAGCCUCAUGAAAGUGUGUCUGAUAAGGCUGUUCCUGUAUGUUCCAACUGCGGUAUCCAGACCAAUGCAAGAUUAGGCCUCAAUCGGUGCCAUUUUUGUGUGCAAAAGUAUCCACAAAUUGGUGCGAAAAGAAGUAAUAUGGCCGCUGGUCAAAUAUUUCAACAUCCGAACAAUGGCAAAGAUAGCAUGAGUAAUGGUGAACAUGCUGCUUUCAACCAUUCUGUCCCACUGACGUACACAAGGGAUAAAGCCAUAUUUCCUCCCAAUAAUCAAACUAUGACGAAUACCAUACCAUCAAAUCUAGGCCAGGGCAUUGGUUUUUCUCAAAAUAACCAUUUUGAAGACUUACAAAGUCUGAUGCAAUCUGGUCGAGUCACCAUGCCAGACCCAGUAGUUCUGCAAUCAAUAAACUGCUCACAAGGUAGGUGGAAUUAUAUUCAGGAAAUUUUACAUGAAGCUUUCAGCGUAUUUCCAUACCUCACACACCAAGAAACCCAGACACUUACCAGGUUAACUGGUUUGCUUCCAAAACAGAUCAAGACAUUGUUUGCUGUGGCUAGAUUGCAACACGGUAUAAGUUGGGAACAACAUGAAAUAGAAAGUGCUAGAAGAUCGCUUUCGAACAUAAGUCGAGAUCGUUUCCAAACAUCAUCACGUGUACAGUCCAAUAUGCAAUCCCCACCUCCUGCGCUGAAGCAAGCUUUUCAACAUUUCACAAAAGAGCAACAUGAUAUUUUAAGAUGGUCUUUCACAAGCAUUCCAUUAAAUGUGAACGAAUUAAAUCGUUUACAUGAAGUCACUACGUUAGACAAAGCUACCAUACUCCAUUAUUUCAAACAAUUGAAUUCUCACAUGUCACCAACAGAAUCUGAAGUACAGCCCAUUAAUAAUAAACAAGAUGCAUCAUUCUCAUGAUGCAUUGAUUUCAAUAUUUGUUGAGAAAGAAAAAGCAACAAAUAGGCUAUUUCACUUUGAUCGGCUCCACCAUGUGUUUAAUAGUGGUACUGGUUAAGUCCGUGGUUCUCAAACUUUUUUAACUGCAUCCCCUUUUUAGAUAUUGCCAAGUCUCGUGCCCCACCUCAAAACUAACUAGCUAACAAUAAUGUACAAAUAACAGAUAGUAAGGCAAGGCGAAAGUAUGUUUUAUUGAAAAUACGUGGACUGAACAUAAAUAUACAAAUAAAAGAUAUAUAUAUAUAUCAUAAAUAAGGUGGGCAAGAUCAUUCUAACAAAUAUUUCUAUUUUAAAUAGCUUCACACUGCCGCAAAAAAUUGUCCAUGUUCCCCUUGUGUUGGGCACGCCCCACCGUUUGAGAACCACUGGGUUAAGUGGUAACAUAUGAUGUUCGAUAGUUUAUAUUCUAAUGUUUGCCCAAAUUCUCUUUCUGCUAUGGUUUAACAUAACGGUAAGAACAUAUUAUUAAUGUUAUACUCAUCAACAGUGGGAAAAUGCUGGUCUAUUUUUUGAACAUAAAUUUUGCAAUAUUUUGUGUACAAAUUAAGAAUUUCAAUCAUUUGUUGGAAGAUGACACCCAUUUCAUGAUGAGAUCAUGUUUUUUAUAUUUCUAAUAUACUUUUUAUUAAAAGA